AUGGACGACCAAGCAUCGCUCGAGAUGUCGGCGGCAUACGACUUCCUGCUCAAGUUCAUCAUCAUCGGCGAGGCAGGCACAGGCAAAUCGUGCCUGCUGCAUCACUUCAUUCACAACCAGUUCAAGGACCAGUCCGCGCACACCAUCGGCGUCGAGUUCUCGAGCCGCCUCAUCAAGAUCGGAAACAAGAGCGUCAAGCUCCAGCUCUGGGAUACCGCAGGCCAGGAGCGCUUCCGAUCCGUAACAAGGAGCUACUACCGCGGCGCAGCAGGUGCGCUCCUCGUCUACGACAUCACAAAACGAUCCACAUUUGAGCCGCUAUCGCGCUGGCUCACAGACGCGCGUGCGCUGGCGUCGCCCGAUCUGGUCGUCGUGCUGGUGGGCAACAAGACAGACCGCGGCGACGACGAGCGCGAGGUGGGCUACCUCGAAGCGAGCAAGUGGGCCAACGAGAACGGCGUUCUCUUUCUCGAGACCUCUUCCAUGACGGGCGAGAACGUCGAGGCGCCAUUUGCACUCGCAGCAAGAAGCAUCCUGCUCGCCAUCGAGUCGGGCAAGCUCGACCCGGAAAAGGCGGGGUCAGGCAUUUCAUACGGCGACCGCGCGCUCAGGAGGGUCGGCAGCGGCAGCCGAUUCAGCUUUGCCGAUAUGGACCCCAGCACAUUCCGCCCACAGAGGAGAGGCGGGCCAGCACUACGCAUCAAAGAGGCUAUCGGCGAUAAGAUGGGUGGCUGCUGCUGA